AUGCCGCUGACUCCAGUUGCGCUUGAUGCCAUCACUCACACCUCCAUAGUUGUUCCCAUUGCAACAAAGACAGUUGAAGGCAUGAAGCUAGGCACAACAGCGAAGAGUAUCAGUAGAGGUAAACCUGUCAACAAGCUUGCAGUAGUUCUCGAAGUGGAUCAGGGUGGACAUUUUUUGAAUGUCGUUACAAUGACCACAUUCAAUGGCUUAACCUUGACAGAACAACUAGAAGCAGGAAGGAUAGAUGACAGGAUGCAAUGGUGCCCCUUGGGAUCAGCACCCCAGGCCCUUGCGGGUCAUCAAGCAGUACCGAUUGAGCACGAGGGUGACAGUCUGUCCUAUGUGUUGCUUGAACCAAUCAAAUAUUAUCCUGAGGGGACAAGCUCAGGUAGCCGAGACUCGCUUACCAGCCGAGUCCAUCCAGUCUAUCUUGAAGAUGAUACAAUACAUGGGGAAGUCCAGAGACUCAGAAGGGGCAGGGCACAUCGGAUGAAAGUGUAUGUAAUGGGUUGGGUUGGGUUGGGUGGAGGAGUAGAGAACAGCAUGCCCGUACCUCAUCAAGGCGAAGACUGUUGGAAUGGAAGGGUGCCCCUGCAGACGCUGCAGAACCCAUCGCUCAUGAUUUAA